CUUAGAAACCAUCCCAACAACAGGAAUUUUUCCUGUUGGUGAAACCGUUGUGAUGUACAUUGUCUCGGAUACCCGCAGCCCAGUUGCUAAUAUGAAUAAUUGUUAUGUAACUGUUGUAGUUACGGAAGAUAAUCCAUGUGUCCCUAACCCCUGCAAUAACUCUGCAGAAUGUGAAGUAAUUACUGAUAACAGUUAUGUGUGUAAUUGUCUUGAUGGAUUUACUGGAGAGAACUGUGAAUUUGUUGACCCCUGCACUAAUAAUACUUGUCAGAAUAAUGCUGAUUGUAAGUUACUAAAUGAAACCUCUUACUAUUGUGUGUGUGCAUAUGGAUUCCAAGGGCCAAGCUGUGAACAAGAGGAAGCUGUUUGUACUGCUUAUGGCGACCCUCAUUACACAACCUUCGAUGGCCUCAAGUAUGACUUCCAGGGUCGUUGUCAGUAUGUACUGUCAGAAUCCUGCAAUAGUUCCAGUACUUACUUCCGUGUGGAAGCAAACAAUGCUGAACAAGAAACAAACAAUGAAGUUUCUAUCACAAAGGAGAUAUAUACUUAUGUGUUUGGCCAGGAAAUAGCAUUCCUUCAGGACAAUGUGAUCUAUUUGAAUGGUUUACACGUGCAAGCUCCAAUUCGAUCCAUACCUGGGAUGUCUGUGCAAUUUGUUGGUCUUUACCUGGUUCUAGAAACAGAUUUUGGCUUACAAGUAACGUGGGAUGGAUCUAGAAAUGUUGAGGUCAAAGUUCCCUCAACCUUCUUCAAUUGCACACUGGGAUUGUGUGGUACUUAUGACAAGAACAGCACCAAUGACCUAACCACACAAGAUGGAGAGAUAAUUGAAAGCCCAGCUUUAUUCGGCAACAGUUGGAUAACCAAUCCUGUCGAAUGUCCCACACGUCAGACAAUUGAGGAUGACUCAUAUUCUCCGUGUAACGAUUCCUCGUCACUAGAACCUGAAAGCAGGUGUAGUCUCAUAGGAGAUACUGAAGAGGUUUUUCAGAAUUGUUCCAACGUUGUUGAUUCUGUGCCAUUUGUUGCGGAUUGCAUUUAUGACAGCUGUGGUACUUACAAUGACGAGGAAUCCCUCUGUCAAAAUCUAGCUGGCUACUAUCAAGCUUGUGUUGACAGAGGUCAUAGACCAUUUAAAUGGAGGGAUGAAGAUCUCUGUAACCUGAAUUGUCCAGAUGGAUCUGUGUAUUCUGAUUGCGUUAAGGAUUCAACAACGUGCUAUGAUGCCAUUACGGGAACACCAAGUGAAGGCCCUUCGAAUGAGCCUUGUCGCGAGGGUUGCCAGUGCGAUGAAGAUCUGUUUCAGGAUGGGGAUGACUGCGUGCCCAGAGAGGAAUGUGGCUGUGUAAAUGAUGGCUUAUAUUAUUCGAUUGGUGAUGCUUUUUCGAAUGAAAACUGUUCAAUGUUAUGCGAAUGCCAAAGGGGUGGGUCAGUGACCUGUGAACCCCAAACUUGCCAUGAGAGUGCUACAUGUGUUCUGGAUAGCGGCCGCUACCGGUGCCGGUGUUUGGAAGGUUACACAGGCAAUGGAUUGACAUGUACUCCAUCAGUUUGCGAGGGAGAAGCUAUUGAACAGGUUUCGUGCACGGGACCUGAGUGUAGUACCGGCUGCUUUGAGUCCCCUAACUUCCCGAACCCUUACAAUAGCUCUUACAACAUGUUGUACUUUGUCACCUACCAAGGUGCCUCGAACCUGUUCUUCCGAUGCAACCCACUGUUUGAAAUUGAAAAAUACCGUGACGCUUUGUUUUUCGGUCCGGGUAACGAUCCACCAACCUUGAAUGAUUUGAAUGAGGGCAUUGCAUAUCCAAUCCAGCUGUUUGAUGGUGAUACCGCGCCAAAAGACUUUUCAGUAGAAGGGGAUUCUGCUUGGUUUUUAUUUAGUACUGAUAGAUUUGUAGAGCUAAGUGGAUGGCGUUGUUGCUGGGUUGCAGAUGACCCAUGUGCCAGUUUUCCUUGUGAAAAUGGCGGAGAAUGUAAGAAGCUUGAUUAUGUAGUGGAUUCUGAUGACGAAUACAUUUGCAUCUGCCCUCUUGGCUUCACAGGAGAAGAGUGUGAAACUGCACAAGGCAUUUGUACAGUAUUUGGUGAGUAUCAUUACACAACAUUUGAUGGCAAAGAAUUUGACUACAUGGGAGAUUGUGAGUAUGUGUUGUCUGUAAGUGUCAACCAAUCAGAAUCAAGCUUUAGAAUUCUUCUCAACAACCAAGACUCAAGAUCUCUUGAAAUCCAAGUCUAUGAUUUAGUUAUUGAGAUGAAUGCAGAAAAAUACUUGGAAGUAAAUGAAUUAGCAGUAUCACCACCCUACUUAAAUCCAAAUGUCACCAUCACGCUAAGUGGUGACAACCUUGUUGUCACCACCUCCUUUGGGCUUGAGGUCAGAUGGAAUGGUGACACCAAUGUGGAGAUAAGACUGCCUCAAGGUAUUCCAAGUGAGGGCUUAUGUGGAAGUUUCAACAGUUCACAAUCAUAUGGAUUCACCCUUCCAAAUGGAAUGACAACUUCAAAUCCAACUGAAUUUGGGAAUAGUUGGAAUGUGGAUCCUGAAAAUUGCGAGUCACAAGUUAUGCCAACACAGGAUGCAUGUGAGGAUAACUCAACUUUAGCAGCGGCUGAGAAAGACUGCUCAAUAAUCACUGAUUACAACGGACCCUUCUCUGGAUGCCAUGAUGUUAUUGAUCCUGCGUUUUAUUUUGCAAGUUGUGUCCUUGAGGUGUGUGCCAACUUUGAACGUGAAAAUAAAGCGUGUCAAAUCAUAACGCAGUAUGCCUCCCGAUGCCAAGCUUCUGCAGUUGUUAUUGAACCCUGGAGGAGAGAAAACUUCUGCUAUUUAUCCUGUAAAGAUAAUUCGGAAUAUGAAUUGUGCGGAUCAGUGUGUCCUGAAGCGUGCGUAGAUACCGAUGAACAUAUUGAUUGUAAUCGCCCAUGCAUAGAGACAUGCGAAUGUGAAGAAGGUUUUAUUCUGAGUGGGUUAGAUUGCGUUCCUAAAGAUGAAUGUGGUUGCUUAUAUGGAGAAUAUUACAUACAGCUAAAUGAGACAUUUAUUAAUAGCACAUGUGAUGGAGAGUGCACCUGUACUUCAGGUGGACAGGUUGUAUGCCAGCCGUAUGCCUGUAGGGCUGAUACUGUCUGCCAAAUUGAGGAUGGAGUCCGAGGCUGUUACUGUCCCGAAGAAGAAAUCGAAUAUGAAGGAGCCUGUAUCUCUGACCCAUGUAUUCCUAACCCAUGUGAGAAUGGUGGAUUGUGUAUUGGAGACGGAUUCAACUACACUUGCUCAUGUUCCAAAAGGUGGACAGGUGACAACUGUCAAACAGGUCUGGCAACUUGUGAAAGCUUUGGUGAUCCACAUUACAUUACAUUUGAUGGUACAGUUUAUGAUUUCAUGGGAGGAUGUCAGUAUAUGUUGCUAGCAAUAUCUGAUCAGUUACACAUUCUACAAGACAACGAAAAGAGUGUAAGAAACCCAAAAGUAGCAUACACAAAGUCUAUCACCAUACAGCUGAGUAACAUGACCAUAGAAUUGCAUCGUGAAAAGCAACUUUUAGUGAAUGGUCGUGAAGAAGUUCCUCCUUUCAACGCGCCACUGUUUUCUGUAUUCGAUAUUGGUGAAUAUAUAGUUGUCGCUACAGAACAUGGAGUUGAAGUCAUUUAUGAUGGUCUUUACAAUGUAGAAAUAAGUGUUCCAGAAACAUUUCAGGGGCUAACUAGCGGACUUUGUGGGACCUUUGAUAAUGAUAAAGCCAAUGACCUCACAACGCCAAAUGGAACUGUUGUUGAAGACCCGGUUACAUUUGGAAACAGUUGGGAAUACGGGGAAACAUGUUUGUUCCCUGAAGUUGUUGGUCCGCCUUAUGCUCCUUGUGAUAUAGAUGAUCCUUCUCAGAGGUGCGGGAUCCUAUCAGACAGUUCAGGCCCAUUUGUUGCCUGUUUCCGGAUUUUUGAUCCACUCCUAUACAUUGAUAGUUGUAAUUAUGACGAUUGUGCAUUCCCUGGUGACCAAGCUUUUUGCGAGGUUUUGAACAUAUUUGCAGAUAAGUGCACCUCCCUUGGUGGUGCAAUUGGUGAAUGGAGAUCUGCUGAUUUCUGCCCAAUUCAGUGCUCAGAAGGUUCUCGCUACUCUACCUGUGCGUCAAGAUGUCCAGCGACAUGUGCAGAUCGAAAUCCUCUAGAAUGUCCAGGGUGUCUGGAAGGCUGUGAAUGUGAUGAUGGCUUUCUUUUGAGUGGCGGGCGGUGUGUCCCUGAAGAUGAGUGUGGCUGCUUGGUGGAUGAUGAACGAUAUAUAGAGCUCUUCUCAUCAUUUGCUACGUCAGAUUGUGGGAUGCUUUGUACUUGUCAAUUGAAUAACACCAUUGAUUGCAUAGAGCUGACAUGUGAUAUAAAUGCAGAGUGUGGCGUUUCUGAUGGCCAGUUUGGUUGUUUCUGUCCAUACGGUUUCAUUGGAAAUGGAACCUACUGUGAAGUCGAUCCAUGUAUUCCCAAUCCAUGUAACAAUUCCGGCAGUUGUAUCCCGAACAAUGACCUGGAUGCUGAUCCAUUGUACAUUUGCCAAUGCCCCAGAGGAUUCACGGGAGAGCAUUGUGAAAUUGAAACUCGCUACUGUACCGCUCACGGAGAUCCUCAUUAUUCAACGUUUGAUGGUUUCCGUUACGACUACCAAGGCGAUGGUUCCUUCAUCUUGUCACAAUUUGAGGAAAACUCCACAUAUCUAUUUCAGAUUAUUCAAAAAAAUGAAAAAUUAAGGUCCAAUCCCAAUGUAGCAUAUACCAAAGAAAUAUAUGUACUUGUCUAUGGAAUGGAAAUAUUUUUUGGACAAGGUAAGCUUUUAAGAGUGAAUGGACUGAAUGCAAUUCCACCAGUUAACCCUACAAGCGAUUUGGAAAUUGUUCUUAAUGGCGACUCACUGUAUCUUAGAACUGCCUUCGGAUUGGAAGUUUCUUACAAUGGUGUUGCUGAUGUUGACGUCGGUCUGCCAGCAACGUUUAAAAACACUGAGGGUUUGUGCGGCAGUUCUGAUGGCAAUCCAGAUAAUGACCCCAGUAAUCCUGAUGGCCAACUGGUGCUAAAUAUCAAUGCCUUUGGAAAUAGUUGGAAUAUUUAUCCGGGACCAUCAUUUCCAGAAGGAGAAGAUCCUUAUGAGCCUUGUAGGGACAGUCCAUUUGCUAAUGAAGCCUAUGAAAAAUGCAGCAUCCUCAGUUUACAAAAUGGACCAUUCUCCAUUGGAAAUAUCCUUUUGAAUGCUGAGCCAUUCUUUUCCAGUUGUUUGUACGAUGCAUGUGCCUCUUUACCAGACGAAAGUGUUCUGUGUGAUGAUAUAGCAAUUUAUGCAAAGAGAUUAAGUCAAUUUCGAAUUCCUUAUGACUUGUGGCGGUCUGAUUCUUUCUGUCCUCCUAAAUGUCCCAUCAACUCUCACUACACUUUAUGUGCUACAAGUUGUCCUGCAACCUGUUCCAAGCCAACUGUGUGGUCAUGGCUUUGUAGGUUCCUCUGCAGUGAGGGCUGUGAAUGUGAUGACGGAUAUGUUUUGGAUGGUUCCGAGUGUGUGCUCCCCGAAAGCUGUGGGGGUUGUAUGCUUGGAGAAAGUUAUAUAGAGGAUGAUCAAAGCUUUGUGACUCAAAAUUGUAGUGAAAUAUGCAGAUGUGAAGAUGGAGACAUUUCCUGCACCUCACUGGGAUCUUGCCAUUCAAAUGCUACAUGUGAUGUUGUAGAGGGAGAUUACAAUUGCAUCUGUAAUGAUGGCUUUUUUGGUGAUGGUAGGGACUGUCAAGUUGAUCCUUGUGAAUCUACACCAUGUAUGAACAAUGGACAGUGUGUCAGUGAUGGACCCAAUUUUGUGUGCCGCUGUACUCUGGGAUGGUCUGGCACCCUCUGUGAAGAUGGAGAAGCUCAGUGUUCAGCUUAUGGUGAUCCUCACUACACUACCUUUGAUGGACGUAAUUUUGACUACAUGGGAGAGUGUGUUUAUACACUGAUUGAUGUAUGUGGUGUGUCCACUGAACCUAGCUUUAGAAUUGAGCAGAAGAACCAGAAGUUUAUUCUAAAUCCAAGAGCUGCAACUACCAAGGAACUUUACAUCUAUAUCUAUGGAUUUGAAAUUGAUUUCCUGCAAGGGAAGCAAGUAAGAGUUAAUGGCAGAGAUGUGACAACGCCACAUACGCCUGCUCCAGGACUGGAUAUAAAACUUAUAGGAAGCAAUGUGGUUCUCCAAACAAACUUUAGUCUUGAAGUGUCAUGGAAUGGCGUAUAUGAUUGGAAUGUGAUUUUAUCUGCUGCUUAUGCUAAUAAAACGUGUGGUUUGUGUGGAAAUUACGAUGAAGAUCCUAGCAAUGACUUCACUACAUCCGAUGGAGAAUUGGUAAGCAGUCCAGCUUUGUUCGGUAACAGUUGGAUUGCUAACGAAGAUUGUAAUUCACUUGAAGAUCCUGAAAAUGACAACUACGACCCAUGUGCAGAAAAUCCAAACAACGAAGCUAGAGCAAGAGAACUUUGUAAUAUAAUCAUCAACAAACAAGGUGAUGCAAUUGAUACUGCAGGGAGCGAGUUCCUUUUUGCUUUUCCUGGUCAACGUGUACCUGAUGAAGCAGCGCCAAAAGUUAUAAUAACUGGAACUAGUCUUAGCAGCACUAGCGUGACAAUUUUUACUUCCAGCAAUGUGUUCUUGACAUCAGUAGACAUCGAUGGCAAAGUGACGCAAGUAGUUGAUCUUCCAUAUGAUGUAGUGGCGUGUGAAGAAUUGAAAUGUAGUAAUGCAGUCCGUGUCACAUCCAGUCGUAAUGUAAUCUUACAAGCUGCAAUAAAUCAAGAAUACACAAUAGAGUCAUUCUUAGUAUAUCCUGUUGAUAGUCUAGGAACAGAGUUUAUUUUGGUGUCAUAUCCAGAACCAAUGUGCACAGUAACAGCCACUAAAGAUAACACAGUUGUUUCAUAUAACUCAACUGAGGAAAUUGAACUUUCUGAAGGUGAGUCUUUCCGAAUCGUCAGUGACGAGGACUUAACUGGAUCGAGAAUGAUGUCAAACGAACCAAUUUUUGUAACGUGUGGAGGAAAUUGCAGGUCAACGGCAGGUGGAUAUUGCAGCAUACUGGUUGAAAGUGUACCUCCAGUUAAUACAUGGGGAUGGAACUUUACGGUUAGCUCGUUCAAUGAUUACAUAUUACGUAUUGUGGCAUCGGAGGACAAUACAGCGGUGGAAGUCGAAGGUGAAGAUCCUGUUGAUCUUUCAACUGGUGGAAGCUUCUUUGAUUGGGACAUAGACGAGACUGAUGCCGUUUUCAUUAGCUCCAGUAAACCAAUCAUGGUUGUACAGUUUGUGGAAGAAGAAGAGGACUUAGACCCCGCAAUGUUAAUUGUUCCUCCCCACAGUCAGUAUAUUGGUGAAGUUUCAUUCAUGCCUCCUGAAAUGAUCUUCCAAGAUUCUUUGAUAAGCUACAUCAGCGUGACACUUCCAUGUGAAUAUCAGUCUGGAUUGAUUAUUGAUGAUCAGAGUUUAUUUGACGAGGAUGACAGUGAAGAUGCAUCUGGUAUGUGUGUAAAGACUUACAGUGUGGAAAAUUCAGGACAGUACAGGAUUACCCAUCGUUUGCAAGAUGUACGCUUCUUCGUAAUGGUUUACAGUUCUGACUUUGGAGUAAGCAGUCCAGCAUUGUUCGGUAACAGUUGGAUUGCUAACGAAGAUUGUAAUUCACUUGAAGAUCCUGAAAAUGACAACUACGACCCAUGUGCAGAAAACCCAAACAACGAAGCUAGAGCAAGAGAACUUUGUAAUAUAAUCAUCAACAAACAAGGUGAUGCAAUUGAUACUGCAGGGAGCGAGUUCCUUUUUGCUUUCCCUGGUCAACGUGUACCUGAUGAAGCAGCGCCAAAAGUUAUAAUAACUGGAACUAGUCUUAGCAGCACUAGCGUGACAAUUUUUACUUCCAGCAAUGUGUUCUUGACAUCGGUAGACAUCGAUGGCAAAGUGACGCAAGUAGUUGACCUUCCAUAUGAUGUAGUGGCGUGUGAAGAAUUGAAAUGUAGUAAUGCAGUCCGUGUCACAUCCAGUCGUAAUGUAAUCUUACAAGCUGCAAUAAAUCAAGAAUACACAAUAGAAUCAUUCUUAGUAUAUCCUGUUGAUAGUCUAGGAACAGAGUAUAUUUUGGUGUCAUAUCCAGAACCAGUGUGCACAGUAACAGCCACUAAAGAUAACACAGUUGUUUCAUAUAACUCAACUGAGGAAAUUGAACUUUCUGAAGGUGAGUCUUUCCGAAUCGUCAGUGACGAGGACUUAACUGGAUCGAGAAUGAUGUCAAACGAACCAAUUUUUGUAACGUGUGGAGGAAAUUGCAGGUCAACGGCAGGUGGAUAUUGCAGCAUACUGGUUGAAAGUGUACCUCCAGUUAAUACAUGGGGAUGGAACUUUACGGUUAGCUCGUUCAAUGAUUACAUAUUACGUAUUGUGGCAUCGGAGGACAAUACAGUGGUGGAAGUCGAAGGUGAAGAUCCUGUUGAUCUUUCAACUGGUGGAAGCUUCUUUGAUUGGGACAUAGACGAGACUGAUGCCGUUUUCAUUAGCUCCAGUAAACCAAUCAUGGUUGUACAGUUUGUGGAAGAAGAAGAGGACUUAGACCCCGCAAUGUUAAUUGUUCCUCCCCACAGUCAGUAUAUUGGUGAAGUUUCAUUCAUGCCUCCUGAAAUGAUCUUCCAAGAUUCUUUGAUAAGCUACAUCAGCGUGACACUUCCAUGUGAAUAUCAGUCUGGAUUGAUUAUUGAUGAUCAGAGUUUAUUUGACGAGGAUGACAGUGAAGAUGCAUCUGGUAUGUGUGUAAAGACUUACAGUGUGGAAAAUUCAGGACAGUACAGGAUUACCCAUCGUUUGCAAGAUGUACGCUUCUUCGUAAUGGUUUACAGUUCUGACUUUGGAGUAUCCACGGCCCUUCCUUUAGGAUAUGGGUUGGAAACAACUGGAGACAGUGAUAAUGAAAUACUUCCAAGUAGUGAAGCUCCUUUUGUGCUCUGUCAUGAUGAAAUUGACCCUGAAAAUGCAUUUGAAGGUUGUGUGUACGACAUGUGCGCAACAUUACCUGAUGAAAGCUCAGUUUGUGGAGAUGUUGCCACUUAUGCAAGUAGAUGCUCAGGUUCCGGAAUCACAAUUGCAUCUUGGAGAACAGAAGAUUUUUGUGCUCCUGAGUGUAAUGAAGGAGCAACGUACAGGACAUGUGCUUCAGCAUGUCCUUUGACAUGUUCAGACAUCGGAAAUGAGUCAGAUGAGCUCUGUCCAAGAAUGUGUGUAGAGGGAUGUGAGUGUUUACCUGGCAGAUAUCUUAGUGGCUCAGAUUGCGUCUUACCGGAGGACUGUGGUUGCUCUGACGGCAACAACUAUUAUGAGGCAGGAGCCAGUUUUGUUAAAGAAGACUGUUCUGAAGUGUGUACAUGCGCAAGAGGUGAACUUAAUUGUGAAGACAUGAUUUGCGAUUCAAAUUCUGAAUGUAGAGUCGAUAAUGGUCAGCGUGGUUGCUAUUGUUCAUUCCCAUUUGUAGGAGAUGGAUUGACUUGUAACAUUGAUCCUUGUCUGGAGGAUCCGUGUGGACAGAAUGGAAAAUGUGAAGUCAGUGACCAAGACCCACGUGGGUAUGUCUGCAUCUGUAACAGAGGAUGGAUGGGUGAUAACUGCAAUGAAGGAACUGCAAUUUGCAGUGCUCAUGGUGACCCUCACUACACUACAUUUGAUGGCUUACGGUAUGAUUUCCAGGGAGAUUGUAAAUAUAUUCUUUGUCAAAGCACAAAUUCUAUUGAUCCACCAUUCACCAUUCUUCAACAAAAUGUAAGAGUACCCAACUCUGCUGUUGCAAGGACACAAGAAGUAACAAUAAUUGUCUAUGAUACGGUGAUUGAGUUUAAACAAAAUAAAGUUUUACUGAUUAAUGGAAUUGAUAUGUCACCUCCUGCUAGUCCUGUUCCUGGGCUGAAUAUAGAAUUAGCUGGUCGUUAUUUGAUGCUCCAAACGAACUUUAGUCUGGAAGUUAAAUGGACUGGAGGUAGUGAUGUAGAUAUUUCCCUUUCGACACGAUUCUUCAAUUCAACACAAGGCUUAUGUGGAAAUUUGGACAAUGACAGAGAAAACGAGUACAUUACAAGCAAUGGAGAACAAACUGAGAGUAUCAAUAUGUUUGGCAAUAGCUGGGCUUAUGAUCCAGAUAACUGUGAGGGUGAAAUGGGUGAUGAUCCUCCAGAUCCAUGUGGUGAUAAUCCUGGCAAAGAAGCAGAAGCUCAAACAAAAUGUCAGAUCAUUACUGACAGUACUGGUCCAUUCCAGAACUGCCAUAGUGUAGUUCCACCUGAAUCAUAUUAUGACAGCUGUGUUUAUGAUUUGUGUGCCACUUUACCAGCUGAAUCAGAUCUUUGUGAAGGUGUUGGCAAGUAUGCAGGAGCAUGUUUAGACAGUAACAUUGAAAUUGGAGUUUGGAGAAGAACAAAUUUCUGUCCAUUGGAUUGUGAAGCUAAUGCACAGUACAAUCCAUGUAUGAAACCCUGCCAGGCAAGUUGUUCCCAACCACCUAGAAGCUGUAAUGAACCUUGUGUGGAGGGCUGUGAAUGCAACGAUGGUUUUGUGCUCAGUGGAAGCCAGUGUGUCAGACAAAGUGAUUGUGGCUGUCAAUAUGGUUCCAGAUACAUUGAGCCUGGUUCAAGCUUUACCAGAGAAGACUGUUCAGAAAGAUGUGACUGUAGUGGGGGUGGUGUCAUUAGCUGUACUAACUUCACCUGUCAUCGAGAAAGUACAUGUGGCCCUGUUGAUGGAGAUUAUGGAUGUAUCUGUAAUGAGGGAUUCCUUGGAAAUGGACUUGAGUGUCAAUCUGAUCCGUGUUUUGUAAAUCCUUGUCAAAAUGGCGGUACAUGCACUUCAACAGGAAGUAGCUUUGUUUGUACCUGUCCAGCUGGUGUCACUGGAGAGACAUGUACCUCACUGACUUGGAAUGGAGAGUAUGAUGUUGAUGUCAGUGUUCCUGGUGCCUUCUACAACAAGACAUGUGGUCUGUGUGGUACUUGGGAUGGUGAUAGAAGCAAUGACAAGCGUCAACCCGAUGGAAGCCAGUUAUCAUCUCAAACAGCAUGCAUGAAUAUUGGAAUAGAAGUGGGAGUUUGGAGAACUGAAGAAUUUUGUCCAUUGAACUGUCCAGAUGGAUCCAGCUACAAACAGUGUGUAAGUGCAUGCCAACCCUCCUGCACAAAUCCUGAUCAAGAUCCUCUUGCAUGUUCCACACCUUGUAGUGAAGGCUGCCAAUGUGAUGAAGGUUACUUGUUAAGUGAUGGUGUGUGUGUUCGUAGCGUGCAAUGUGGCUGCGUAUUUGAAGGCUUGUACUUUGAAAUUGGUUCUGAAUUGGUGGAUUCAAAUUGUACACAGAUGUGCACAUGCAGAGCAGGUGGUUAUGUGGAUUGUUCCGACAUGGUUUGUGAUCCUGAUUCUCUAUGUGGCAUUUCCGAUGGCGUUUUUGGCUGUUAUUGUCCAGAUGGAUUUAUUGGUGAUGGAUUAAUAUGUGAUGUUGAUCCUUGUAAUGAAAAUCCAUGUGCAAAUGGUGGACAAUGUACAGCUAUUGAUAGUGUCUCAUUCACAUGCAUAUGUUUCGCAGGAUGGACAGGGGACACAUGUGAAACAAUGACUGGUCAUUGUAGUGCACAUGGAGACCCUCAUUACACAACAUUUGAUGGUCUUCGCUAUGAUUUCCAAGGAGAGUGUCAGUAUGUCUUGGCUCAAAGCUGCAAUGAUCCAGAAACUAACUUCACAAUUGUGCAACAAAAUGAAAAGUAUGCAGUUAAUCCAAAUGUUGCUGUCACCAAGGAGAUCAUUAUUUAUUUAGAUGAUGUGGUUAUUUCUUUGUUGAGAGAACGAAUUGUUUUGGUUGAUGGCGUAGAACAAACACCACCAAUCAGUACUCGUGGGGUCAAUGUAGAUGUUAGUGGAAUGUUUUUGGUUGUGAGAACCAAUUUCUCAUUGGAAGUCACUUGGAAUGGAGAGUAUGAUGUUGAUGUCAGUGUUCCUGGUGCCUUCUACAACAAGACAUGUGGUCUGUGUGGUACUUGGGAUGGUGAUAGAAGCAAUGACAAGCGUCAACCCGAUGGAAGCCAGGCCGAGUCUACCUCCGAGUUUGGUAACAACUGGAAGUUCAAUCCAUCUGAAUGCACAAGUCUUGAACCACUAGCACCAUACAAUCCAUGUGCUGAUGACUCAAUUCUGAGUAAUGCCCAAGACAUCUGUAGUGUUCUUAUAUCUGAUACUGGUCCCUUCCGUGAUUGCUUCAACACAAUUAAUUCAACAGACUAUUAUGAUAAUUGUGUGUUUGAUGUCUGUGCAACACCAGAGGGUGAUAUUUCUUAUUGUGGUAAUAUUGAUGGUUAUGCUCGUGCCUGCAGAAGCAGGUUCAUAGACAUUGGCUCAUGGAGAACACAAGAUAUUUGCCCAUUGGCCUGUCCAUCAGGAUCUGUUUACAAUCCAUGUUCAACCGCUUGUCCAUCAACCUGCUCAGAUCCAGAUGCCGGCAGUGGUCGCUGUCCAUCUCGAUGUGUUGAAAGCUGUGAAUGUAUUCCAGGUUAUGUUUUGAGUGGAAUCAAUUGUGUUCCACUCGACGAAUGUGGAUGUGAUUACGAUGGAAUGUAUCUUGAGGCUGGUAGUUCAUUUGUGACAGAAGGAUGUGCUGAAGAAUGUAUUUGUGAAGGAGGCUCUGUAUCUUGCACAACACUUGAAUGCUCUCCAAACUCCACAUGUUCAGCAGUAGAAGGUAGAAGACAAUGUGUUUGUGCUGACGGUUUUUAUGGAAAUGGAUUGGAAUGUAUGCCUGAUCCAUGCAGUAAUAAUCCAUGUGAAAAUGGCGGCGAGUGCAUAAGCAAUGGUGAAGGAGAGUACAUGUGUCGCUGUUUAAGAGGAUGGCAAGGGCUACACUGUGAUGAAGGGGAUUUUGGGGAUGGAAAGAUUCUAGAGACCAAUUUCUCGUUGGUUGUCCAAUGGGAUGGUGUGUAUGGUGUGGACGUUUCCAUUUCUGCUGAAUACUUCAACGAGACCUGUGGUCUUUGUGGAAAUUAUAAUGGUGAUGGAUCUGAUGAUUUUACACUGCCUGAUGGAGAUAUUGCUCUCAAUGAGGCAGAAUUUGGAAAUGGUUGGAUUUACAACAGAGAGGAAUGCACCACGGUAGAGGUUGUCUUGCCGCAUCCUUGCAACUUGACCACACCAGAAUACUUAAACAUGGCAGAAGCAUCAUGUUCCGUUAUUACAGCCCCAACUGGGCCAUUUGCUGCCUGCCAUGAAGAAGUUGAUCCAGAAUUUUAUUACGAUUCCUGUGUUUAUGAUCUAUGUGCAACCCUGCCUGAUCUCUCUGCACUAUGUCCUGAUGUCCAAACAUAUGCAACACUGUGUCAAGCAUAUGGUGUAGAGAUUUCUCUCUGGAGAACACCUACAUUCUGUCCAUAUGACUGUCCUGAAGGAUCUUCCUACAGCCUCUGUGCUGAUGCCUGCCCAAGAACCUGUAGUGACCCUGAAGAAGAGAUGACAUGUAGUAAGACAUGUGUAGAGGGCUGUAGUUGUGAUGAUGGUCUUGUGCUCAGUGGAUUACAGUGUGUGUCACCAGAGCAAUGUGGUUGCAACUAUGAAGGAAGAUAUUUGAAGGUGGAUGAAUUCUACAUUAAUGAAUAUUGUACCGAGAUAUGUACCUGUAUGGGUAAUGGCAGCGUAGAGUGUGAACCAUACUCAUGUUAUUGUUUGGCAAGCUGUGGAGUCAAUGAUGGAGCAUACGGAUGCUUCUGUGCCCCACCACUUAUUGGAGAUGGACUCGUGUGCACAAUUGAUCCAUGCUACAACAGUCCAUGCAGGAAUGGUGGUACAUGUGUCGUAGCAGAUGGAGAUGAGGAUUUUAACUGCCUGUGUCCAUACUUAUGGACUGGUCCAACUUGUGAGACAGCUGUGGGCUACUGCACUGCAUUUGGUGAUCCACAUUUCAGGACUUUUGACAAACGUAGUUUCACUUACAGAGAUGCAUGCAAGUACACUCUUGUUGAAAUUGUUGGUGAUGGUGUUGAACCAUUUAGUGUCACCAUAGAGACCAUCCCAGUCCCCUAUAGUCCCAUUGUCAGUUACGUGUAUGUCACUGUUUAUGAUAUGGAAUUUGGAUUAUCUUGGGAUCGCCGAUUAACAAUUGAUAGUGCACAAUUCUUACCACAAGUUGAAGUACCGGGUGUCAGAGUUGCAGUUGCAGGCGAUUACAUGGUAAUUAUAAUACCUUUUGUGCAAAUAUAUUUUAGGAUCAUAAUCGAUCAGGAUGGAAUAUUUGCUGACUGUCACCGAGUCAUUUCACCUUCGUCAUAUUACGAUGGAUGUGUAUCCGAUCUGUGUGUCUCGCUUCCUGAAACAAAUCUUUUAUGCGGCGCUGUUCAGCUGUAUGCUUCAUUAUGCACCUCAUCUGGUAUUGAUAUUGGAAUGUGGAGAACUAUCAAUUUCUGUGUUCCUCUGAAAGGUCCAUUAACAGAUGCGAUCGUAUUUCUUACAGCCCCUGAUUGCCCUGCCUACUCAGAGUACAGCUCAUGUACAUCAGCAUGUCCAGCCACUUGUGCUAGUCGAGAUGGUGAGGCAUCUGACUGUGAUUUACCUUGUGUGGACGGGUGCAAAUGUGUCGAUGGAAGAAUUCUGCAAGGUAAUGAGUGUGUCCUCCCAGAAGAAUGUGGCUGUACAGAUGCAGGAUUCUUAUAUGAGAUUGGAAGAACCUUUGUGCGAAAUGGUUGCAUGGAGACUUGUACCUGCACUAAUGACAGAAAGUUAGAUUGUGAACCUCUUGCAUGUUCAGAAUAUGCUCUUUGUGGUGGAUUCAAUGGUACAUAUGGAUGCUACUGUCCACCAGAACUCAGAGGAGAUGGAAUUGAAUGUAUAUAUAACCCUUGCCAGGAUCUACCUUGUGCCAACAAUGCCACAUGUAACCCAAAUUCAGAUUUUGAUGGAUUUUGGUGCGAUUGUCCAUUUGGUUUUACUGGAAAAUACUGUGAUAUUGUUGAAAGUGUCUGCAUAGCUUAUGGCGAUCCCCAUUACACAACAUUUGAUGGUCUCAGUUAUGAUUACAUGGGCAACUGUGAAUACACAUUGGUUAAGACAUGUAUACCUUAUAUGCCAAUCAACCAAUCAAGUGUGAACUUUGAAAUCCUGCAAGAGAACAUGAACCUUGACACCAAUCCACGUGUUUCAGCAACUAAGAAAAUCACGUUGCUUUAUGACAACUAUUUGGUUGAUCCAGGUAUACUGUACCUUAAGUUGCAACAACACUUCUUAUUUGUGUAUUAUAUUGACACUAUAAAUGUUAAUUUUGUGUUUAAUCAGUUGAGCAGUGCAACAGAUUUUGGUAAUAGCUGGGUCAGUAACAGUAGUGAAUGCGACCUUGAGAGCUCCACCAUUUCAGAUGACUAUCUGACAUGUGCAGAUUCAUCUGAAUCAGCCAUAGCUGAUAGUUUGUGUGGUGUUAUCAGAGAUACAACUGGUCAAUUGAGCACAUGUCAUUCUAGAGUACCCUAUCAAGAAUUCUACUCCAGCUGCAUUUUCGAUGUAUGUGCGUACCCUCCAAGUAGUGGCCCACAGUGUAGCGACAUCCAAAUAUAUGCCCAACGUUGCCGAGAUGAAGGAGUGACUAUUGAAGAGUGGAGAUCGGAAACCUUAUGCCCUAUUGAAUGUCCAGAAAACUCGGCCUACACCACCUGUGCCUCGGCCUGUCCUGAUACUUGCGUUAGCGCUGCUGACGGUCAUUGUAAUGAACGCUGUGUUGCAGGAUGCGAGUGUCUGCCGGGAUUUGUCCUGGAAGGGCAUGAAUGCAUUCCAACUUCUGAUUGCGGCUGUUUGUCUGAUGGAAUCUACUACACACUUGGUGAAACAUAUCAGUCCGAGAACUGUUCCGAGUCAUGUACCUGUGAGUCUGGAGGUUCCAUAGUCUGCACCAACACCUCAUGUGAUCCUGCAGCUACUUGUGACAUCGUUGACGGAGUGCGGCAGUGUGUGUGUCCACCAGGGCUCAUUGCAGAUGGCACAUCAGAGUGUAUAGAGGAUCUUUGCUUCUCGGAACCAUGUAUGAAUGGUGGCAGGUGCUUUGUAACAGGAGAUGACUAUUACUGCAUCUGCACACCCGAUUGGACUGGCGAAAACUGUACCACAGUUCAAAAGAUUUGCACUGCUUAUGGUGGUCUGCACUAUACUACGUUUGAUGGUUAUACAUUUGAUUACUUGGGAGAAUGUGAGUACAUCCUUAUGGCAGGAGAUAACAUUUAUGGCGAUGCAUUUGAGAUCAUCCAGACUAAUAGAAAGGAUCCUGAAGAUGAGGAUCUGACAACCACGGAAGAGUUGGAGAUUCACCUUAAUGACUUGACGGUGGAGUUCCUUCAGGGUCGAGAAGUCCGGGUAGAUGGAGUCACUAAAACACCUCCAAUAUUUCUCGAUGGAGGACAUAGUAUUUACCUGAUUGGAACAGAUGUAGUCCUGAAGACCAACUUCAGUUUAUAUGUUCUAUGGGACGGUGUAAAUAAUGUUGAAGUCAAGUUAAGUGAGGAUGAAAUGGUCAUCGGAGGCUUAUGUGGAGACUUCGAUAACGACGCAUACAACGACCUCACACUCCAAAAUGGCACUCAGACAAUCAAUGCGAUUGAAUUUGGAAAUUCCUGGGUAGAUGAAGAAGAUUACUGCAACAGUACCGAAGAUGUUAAUUCAGAAUAUAUGCCAUGCACUACGACUACUGAAGAAGAAUUUGCAGCUUUUCAAUGUGGGGUCCUCACUGAUACUGACGGUUUCUUCUGGAGAUGUCACUCUGUUGUAAAUGUUACCAGUUAUUAUGAAAGCUGUAGGUUUGAUGGAUGUGUGGCCGAACCAGAUACUUCAACAGUUUGUGACAUCAUCGCUCAAUAUGCUCAAAUAUGUAAAGCUUACAAUGUAGAAAUCCCAGAAACUUGGAGAGAUGAUGUUGAUUGUCCAUUGACUUGUGGUGCUAACUCAGCAUAUAAUCCAUGCAUGAGUGCUUGUCCCUUGACCUGCGCUACACAAGAUCCAGCACCAUUUUGCCCAUACGCUUGUGUUGACGGAUGUGAGUGUGAUCCAGGGUUCUACCAGGAUGGUUUCAACUGUGUCCCUGUCGAAGAAUGCGGAUGCACCAUUGAUGGAUGUUACUAUUCUAUUGGAUCAUCGUAUGUGACCUCAGACUGUAAUACGGAAUGUGAAUGCAAAGGCAACAACACGUUUGAAUGCAGCAGUAUAUCGUGUGAUACUUACGCUUAUUGUGGAACUGAUUCCGGGGACUAUGGGUGUCAUUGUCUUGAGGGAUUUGUAGGUGAUGGCCACGAAUGUACUCCAUUAGCAUGUCUACCUGAGCCGUGUGCAUGGAAUGCAACUUGUCUCUAUCGACCUUCCUUUGACCUUGGUUUCUUCUGUGCUUGUAAAGACAGCAACACUAUGGGACUUUAUUGCAACGAAUCUAACGGUACAGCUUCAAUUCCAUGCACAACAGACUCUGACUGCCCGUUGAAUACACCAUGCGAAGUCACAAACCCAGACACCAGUUGUGCAAGUCCUCCUUGUGAAGAGACCAGGAUGUGUGCAGAUACGCUGUUUAGUGGUUGCGGAAAUGGCAAUCCUAAUUGUGUAGUCCUGAGUGUGGUCCUUGAUUUCAGCUCACUUCCACCUGGAAUAACGGCAGAUACAUUGUGUAGAGGUCUUAUUUCUAGUGCGGAGGAAACCACUGGCAGCAAUAACUGUACUACAUACCAGUGUGUCAUUGGAACAUCGCAACCAAGCAGAAGAAGAAGAAGAGAUACUCCAUCAGAAGUCACUGUAGACAUUUACUUGAUUCCAAGAAAUGGUGAAUCCCCUGUGAAAUAUGCUGAUAGCUUAGGAAGGUCUAUAGAACAUGCUGUUGAGGAAGGAUUAGUUUCCUUCCAAAUUGAGUCUAUAGACACAGUAUAUCCAUCUCCUAAAUUUCCACUGGAAGCUCUGUUCAAGGAAUCUGUAGACAAUGUAUUCAAGGAGAUCACAACAGUUGAAAGCAUCCGAAUUGCAGACGUUCAAAACUUUUGGACUACCAACAUGAUAGUGGCUGUGGUUGGACUUGUAGUUGCUUGUAUAAUCCUCGUCGGGAUUGUUGUAUGUUUUGUCCGUUUCUUCAGGUCCACAAAGAGCAAAUCAGCUUCCCCCAAUUUUGGAGAAUCUCAAAGAGUUGAAGGCAUUGAACUCUCCAGUUCUGUUUCAACAGAUACUGAUUAUGAAAAACCUUCUCUCUUAUUCGCACGUAAAAUAAAAUUUGACGAUGGUUCUGGCGGUAUAGACAACAUGUACGGGCUCAAAUUUGAACCAGAAUUAGAUAAUCUGUAAAAUAAUUGUAAACAUUUUUUGUAAUGUUAUGGUAAAUGCUGGGGCGAUUUAUUUUUUUCAAAUAAUGUUCGUAAUAUAAUUAUAUUUAGUAGCAAGAAAAUUGGCAAAUUUUUAACUUAUGAACAGUCUCCUGUAAUUCCUCCUUUUGGGACCCUAAUGUUAUUUGUAGUUUGUUAAUCCAGGCAGAAGCUGCGCCUUACGACCAUUUGCUGACGAUUCCGUCUCCUUUCAUUGUGAGUGCUUGAAGAUGUGAAGUUGAUGCAAAUUGUACAGAUUUUUAUUUUAUAAAUAAAAUCCAUUGUUCGUCCAUUGUCGUGUGGCAUUCACUUAUGGAAUCGUGUCAGCUGAUAUCCGUCGGUAGAGUGUGUGCCCAGUUAUACACAGGAAUUAUGUAAUAACCACUGAGCAAAACAAUGUAUUACAAUUUGUUAUACUUUAUAUAAAAAUAGAGCCUAGCUUACCUCAUUGUGUACGUAAUAUAUGUUUGUUUUAACAAUAUAUGUUUUAAAGGUGGUGGUUUAGCAUUAUCAUGUAUGUUAUUCUUACAGUUCAAGUAGUAAUUUUCAUCUAUAUAAUAGGCUAAUUUUAUAGAUAAAUAAAUUAAUAAUUAAAAUAAAUAAAUUGUGUAAAUAUUUCGUUAGGGAAAAAUGAUUUUAAAAAGCAUUUUGACAGCCUAGGAGUUCCAUUUUCAGUGAUUCAAAUGUGACCAUUUUCUUCAAAUUCGUUCCAAACAUGGUGGGGCUGAGAUAAAUUUUUUUUUAACUCCUGUUGAGGAAAUUAGACCUUUCGUCGUGGAUCUUGAACCGUAGUAGGGGACCUUUGACCAUUGUCAGGGAAUUUCUGGUUCACACUGGGCGCACCAAAUGUGUCUUUUGAGGAAUAUCUUCCUUUUAUUGAGUGACAUAAUGCUGCUAAAGUGGAAUAUUAACCCUAUUUCAUUCCCUUCAAUUAUAAAAACGAACUAAUUUAAUAUUUACAGUUUUUCCGUAUUGUAUUUUUGUACUUAAGCUUCAACGUAUACCUCAAAACUUGUAUUGCUUUUAAAAUUACAAUCAUGCGUUGUAAUAAAUUUUAUUUUGGUAUUA